AUGGCCAUGAUGAGGGCAAACAUUCAAGAAGAUGACACGUGCGCUGCCUUAGAUGUUGCUAAGCUCGAUAAGGCAUUGCCUUCGAGUAUAGUUGCUCUUUUACAGGAAUUCGAGGAUGUAUUCCCCAAUGAGGUCCCUGAUGGUUUACCACCCAUUCGAGGGAUUGAGCACCAAAUAGACCUGAUUCCUGGAGAACCACUACCAAACAAACCGGCUUACCGCAUGGUCCAGAGGAGACAAAGGAGCUUCAAUGACAACUUGAUGGGCCGUCAAUGCUAUACUGUUAAAUAUCGUCAUCCCAUUCCUAGACUAGAUGAUAUGCUUAAUGAACUCGAUGGUGCUCUUAUAUUCAGUAUUGGCGCUGUCCUCAUGCAAGACAAGAGCCUUUGUGCAUUCUUCAGUGAGAAGCUGGGAGGUGCUGCCCUGAACUACCCCACAUACGACAAAGAGCUUUAUGUGCUUAUCCGAGCUUUGGAGACCUGGCAACACUACCUCCAUCCAAGGGAGUUCAUGAUACACACUGAUCGUGAGUCCUUGAAAUUUUCUCGAGGGCCAAACAAAGUUAAGCAAGCGCCAUGCCAAAUGGUAGCUGAUGCUUUAUCUCGUAGACAUUCUUUGCUUGCUGUUCUUGAUGCCAAGUUGUUAGGGUUCGAGAUGCUCAAGGAGAUAUAUGCCCAUGACCAUGACUUUAGGGAAAUCUAUGCAUCUGUAUAA